UGUUUUGCCUAAUGUUUGGGAAACCGCUAAUGUUUGUAAAACUGCACGAUAUUCGUGAGUUUCAAUACGGAAACGGGAUAGGGGGCGAUACAACAACCUUUUAUUCGCCUCCCAGGCGGAUUAAAGUUCACAGCCGACGAUGACGUCAAAUGCUGGCUAUAAAAGCUGCAGUGUUUGAACCUUGCAGUAAGACACAGUGGAUUCAUACAUCCAGCAAGGGACACAACAGCUCCACAAAGAAAAACUGAGAAGAUAGUCUUCAAGAUACUCGCCAUGGGAAUCAUGAACUUGAUUUCCGUUGUUGUAUUUUUGGCAUUUAUUUCACCAUCGCAAUCUGCGCGUUAUUCCCAACAAUGUAUCAUCAGUGAGAUUGCAAGGGAAAACGAAAUUAUAUAUAGAUUCAAGACACCCGAAGAAGCCUCAAUUUUUAGCAUCGAGGUGACAGAUUCAUCCUACCGGGACACAUUUAGUCUCAGUGAUGCCAAUAAAGGAACAAUAAAGUUGGCAAAGUCAUUUCUGGGUAUUCUUAAUUGGAGAACCGAUAAGACAUGCAGAAUCAUGAUCGUUUUGACUCAGACGAAAGGCACAGAAGUUAUUAACACCAUUGACAUAGAGUUUAUCGUUCUGAAAGAGGGAUUUGCUAAUGAUUUGCUUCCAAGAAUCAUCGAAAAUGUAAAAAAUUUGGCCAAGCCAAGCAAUCCAUUUCGGCCAACAACAAAUACAUUUCCUUGGCCAAAAAAAUUCCAUCGAAUUUUGUUGCAAGGAACAGCAAAAUCCAAAAACACUUCACUCGCUGAAUGCAAUUUCGGGGCAGCUAUCAAUCAGCUGUUUAAAUUAAUUCUUGCUAAACUUGAAGUAAAUAUCGGUGUUAGUGACAUUCAUAUUGGACCUCAAGGAAUUCUAACUCCUGAAAAACUGGAAGAGUUGAUUGAAGAAACAGGUUGCAUACCUGAAAAUGAAGAGCCCAAAUGUCCUCGAGAAACAUUACGUUAUCGUACCUUUGAUGGUACUUGCAAUAACCAGGUAGAUCCGACUGCGGGUUCAGCUCCAACUGGUUUUAACAGGUUUUUACCAGCAAUAUAUUAUGACGCAGAAGGCCUGAACGAACCACCCAGUAAUCAACCAAACGCACCAGACUUACCAAACCCUUCAACCGUUACCGAGCUUUUCAUAAUAAUUCAAUCAAAAAAUCAAUUAAACAGAGACGGUAUUUCACAUAUGUUUAUGCAAUUUGGACAAUUUCUUGAUCAUGAUAUGACAUUGGCACCGGAGAGUGAAAAUGGUGAUGUGUGUGAAGAUAUUCCAUGUAAUGGUAGCUCCGCAGAUUUCACAGACCCAUGUUUCGCUAUUCUCCCUGCUUCUGGCAGACCCUGUAUUAGAUUAAUUAGAUCAGCUGCAAGAUGUCCAAUCAAUGGCUUCAAACUAUUACCAAGAGAACAAAUGAAUGUAAAUACAGCGUAUUUGGACGCUUCCAUGGUUUAUGGUUCCUCUGAAUCAGUAGCAAACGCUUUACGAGAUCUCACCAAUGCACCAGAUGAUUUAGGAUUACUACGAACGUCUGGUGCAAAUCUUUUACCGAUUGAUAACAGCCAGUUGGGUGAACCACUAUCCUUGUGUGAAAAUCUUGGUUCCUGUUUUUUGGCGGGAGACGUUCGAGUAAACGAACAAGCUGCGUUGGCGGCAAUGCAUACACUCUGGGUUCGUGAACACAAUGACAUCGCGACAAGGCUAAGAAGUAUUAACCCGCAUUGGAAUGGUGAAAGAAUCUAUCAAGAAACAAGAAAGAUCCUUGGUGCAUUAGUUCAACAAAUCACGUACGAGGAAUGGCUUCCAAUAUUGAUUGGUCGAAAUGUCUUACCUCGCUACAGGGAUUUCAGAACUGACGUGAAUGCUGGGAUAACCAAUGCAUUUGCAACAGCCGCGUUCCGUUUAGGUCACAGCUUGGUCAGACCGAAGUUUGAAUUUCUUAAAAGCGAUUUUAAACCUUUUCCCUUCUCUCCCAUUCCUCUGAGGCAAGUAUUCUUUAACAACACACAAACGCAGAGAAGUGGUAUCGAUGGUUGGAUUAUAGGCAUGAUCGGAAAUGUUUCACAAGAAAUGGACAAUGAAAUGGCAAUUGGUCUUACAAAUGAACUUUUUCAACGUGAUAACAGAGAAGGUUUAAACCUAGCAGCAUUGAACAUGCAACGUGGUCGUGAACAUGGUUUACCGUUCUAUAGCGAUUUUCUGGCUGAAUGUGGAAGACGUUUCCCAGAACUGUACCCUGUUAAUGUCACAGAUGUACGAAGCUUUGAUCAAAUCAAUGAAUUAUUCCGACCAGAGGUGUUUGUUAGCAUUAAGGAGGUUUAUAGAAAUAAACCUCAGGCCACUGAUCUCUUUACUGCUGGAAUCAGCGAAAAGCCACGAAAUGUUAACUUCCGGCGAGCAAGGUUUGACGACGUAGAUCCAAUUCUCGGACCAACCUUCACUUGUUUGUUAAUUGACCAGUUUGCACGUCUUCGAGAUGGAGAUAGAUUCUUCUACCGUAAUAGAGGAGUAUUUACCCCAAAACAACUGAGAAGUAUCGAGAAAAGGAGAUUUUCAGAUAUAAUUUGCAAUAAUGUUAAUGUUGUUUCUGUUCCUCGCAAAGCCUUUUUUGUUGAUGCUUAUCGAAGCUGUACAAACCGUGAUAGACGUAUGAACUUGAACCCCUGGAAAGAACGUGUGACAAGUUGUCGGCAAUCUCCCUGUCGUAAUGAAGGAAUCUGCCGUAGUUUUAGGUCACGUCGAGUGUCUCGAGUUCAUUGCGUGUGCCCACGUGAAUUCAAAGGCAAAUUCUGCCAACUGAAAAGAGUCUCUUCUAAUGUAAAUGCGUAAACCUAAAAUGCAGUUACAAAAUAAUAUCAAACAGUUUGUACAAAAGGAUAUAAACGUUUUUCUCACAGACAGUUUUUUUUUCAUUAAUCAUUACAAUGAUAGGUCUAGUGUUGUAACAUGCAUGCAUAUGCUGCUGAAGAAGUAACCAGUUAAAGCAAUACGGAACUAUUUUAUAUUAAUAUUAACAAUGACUAGAAAAUAUGUGUUUAUCCUCGAGACUGACUCUCGUACGUAGCCGUAGGUUUAAAAUUGAAUAUUUAAAAGUAAUUACAAACAGGUUUUAGUUAUGUAAGUUUUUGUAAAUUCGUAUUGUGUUUUGUUUGCAAUGAAUUGGAUCUCCUGAA